GGAGUUCCUGAGGCGGACUUGGUCUCGGACUCGGUCCUGCAGCGCCUCUAGGCUGCAGAUCCAGCUCCUGCCACCUGUGCUUGGCUCCACGUCCCGAGAAGCUGGGAGGAGAGAGGAGAGAGGGAGGAGGCGAAGGGAGGAGGAAAGCGGCAGCUUACACACGCCUUCCAGUCCCUCCACUCAGAGCAGCCCAGAGACCGCUGCGGGCGCCGCUGCUAUCGCUGCCACCGCCGCUACCACCUGAGGAGACCGCCUGGACCUGUCGCCCCACUGUUGCCCCUCCCGGCAAUUCUUUCCUAGCACCAGGCUUUUUAUGCGCACUGCCACUACCAUUAUUAUUAUUAUUCCAAGAGAAGGAAAAUAACAGACCAGCUAAAAAGAACCACGUAUACCUUUCCGAAUUACUCAAGUGUCUCCCGGGAAGAGAGGGUCGCCGGUCCCGGGAGGAGCAGCCGAAGGGGCCAAGGGCGGGUGUUGAAGGGGAGACAGGAGGAGUUGGGGCACUGCGUGGUGGAAAGUUGCGGGCGGCGGAGACCCGAAGGUGCAGCGCCACAGCCCAGGGGGCGGUGUGUCUGGGACAAGCCGCUGCCCGCUGCGUCCGGACCCGCGAGCGCGCGGGCAGCGCGGGGCCGGGGAGGACGCCCCCUCCUGCGGCGCGGACUCUGUCGGUGGUCCCCGAGGAGGAGGAGGAAUAUGGCAUCGAAGGCGGCCUCCUCCUGCCGUCUGGUCUUCUGCCUCUUGAUCUCCGCUGCUGUCCUUCGGCCAGGUCUUGGAUGGUAUACUGUAAACUCAGCAUAUGGAGAUACCAUUGUCAUGCCUUGCCGACUCAGUGUACCUCAGAAUCUCAUGUUUGGCAAAUGGAAAUAUGAAAAGCCUGAUGGCUCCCCAGUAUUUAUUGCCUUCAGGUCCUCUACAAAGAAAAGUGUGCAGUACGACGAUGUACCAGAAUACAAAGACAGACUGAACCUCUCAGAAAACUACACUCUCUCUAUCAGUAAUGCAAAGAUCAGUGAUGAAAAGAGAUUUGUGUGCAUGCUCGUAACUGAGGACAACGUGUUUGAGGCACCUACAGUAGUCAAGGUGUUCAAGCAACCAUCUAAACCCGAAAUUGUAAGCAAAGCCCCGUUUCUUGAAACAGAGCAGCUUAAAAAGUUGGGUGAGUGCAUUUCAAAAGACAGUUAUCCGGAUGGCAACAUCACGUGGUACAGGAAUGGAAAAGUUCUGCAACCCCUUGAAGGAGCGGUGGUCAUAAUUUUUAAAAAGCAAAUGGACCCAGUGACUCAGCUCUAUAUCAUGACUUCAUCCCUGGAGUACAAGACAACCAAGGCUGACAUUCAAAUGCCAUUCACCUGCUCUGUGACAUAUUAUGGACCAUCCGGCCAGAAAACAGUUUACUCUGAACAAGCAGUCUUUGAUAUUUACUAUCCUACAGAGCAGGUGACAAUACAAGUGCUGCCAUCAAAAAAUGCCAUCAAAGAAGGGGACAACAUCACUCUUAAAUGCUUGGGAAAUGGUAACCCUCCUCCUGAGGAGUUUUUGUUUUACUUACCAGGACAGCCUGAAGGAAUACGAAGUUCAAAUACUUACACAUUGGCAGAUGUGAGGCGCAAUGCAACAGGAGACUAUAAAUGCUCCCUGAUAGACAAAAAAAGCAUGAUUGCUUCAACAGCCAUCACAGUUCACUAUUUGGAUUUGUCCUUAAACCCAAGUGGGGAAGUGACCAAGCAGAUUGGCGAUGCUCUGCCUGUGUCAUGCACAAUAUCUGCUAGUAGGAACGCAACUGUGGUAUGGAUGAAAGAUAACAUCAGGCUUCGAUCUAGCCCAUCAUUUUCUAGUCUCCAUUAUCAAGAUGCUGGAAACUAUGUCUGUGAGACUGCUCUGCAAGAGGUUGAAGGACUAAAGAAAAGAGAGUCAUUGACUCUGAUUGUAGAAGGAAAACCUCAGAUCAAAAUGACAAAGAAAACUGAUCCCAGUGGACUGUCUAAAACAAUAAUCUGCCACGUGGAAGGUUUUCCGAAGCCAGCUAUACAGUGGACAAUUACUGGCAGCGGAAGCGUCAUAAACCAAACAGAGGAAUCUCCUUAUAUCAAUGGCAGGUAUUAUAGUAAAAUUAUCAUUUCCCCUGAAGAGAAUGUUACAUUAACUUGCACAGCAGAAAACCAGCUGGAGAGAACAGUAAACUCCUUGAAUGUCUCUGCUAUAAGUAUUCCAGAACACGAUGAGGCAGACGAGAUAAGUGAUGAAAACAAAGAAAAGGUGAAUGACCAGGCAAAACUAAUUGUGGGAAUCGUUGUUGGUCUCCUCCUCGCUGCCCUAGUUGCUGGUGUCGUCUAUUGGCUGUACAUGAAGAAGUCAAAGACUGCAUCAAAACAUGUAAACAAGGAUCUUGGUAAUCUGGAAGAAAACAAAAAGUUAGAAGAAAACAAUCACAAAACAGAAGCCUAAGAGAGAAACUGUUUCACUUGUUGUCCAGAGAAAAGAAAACUAUAUAGACCAAUUGAAGCAUGAACGUGGAUUGUAUUUAAGACAUAUACAAAGACAUUGACGGCAAUUCAUGGUUCAAGUGUUAAGCAGUUCAUUCUACCAAGCUGUCACAGGAUUUUAGAGAAUUAUCUCAAAUAAAACAAUGAAAUGAAAUUACAAACAAUAACAACAAGUUUUGGCAGCCAUGAUAAUAGGUCAUAUGUUGUGUUGGUUUGAUUUUCUUUUCUGUAAAUGUCUGCACUGAGAAUUCCUUUUUGGUUUGCCUUUUAUGUAAAUUUUUUACGUAGCUAUUUUUAUACACUGUAAGCUUUGUUCUGGGAGUUGCUGUUAAUCUGAUGUAUAAUGUGAUGCUUUUAUUUCAAUUGUUUAUAUGGAUAAUCUGAGCAGGUACAUUUCUGAUUCUGAUUGCUAUCAGUAAUGCCCCCAGACUUUAUCACAAGCACCUAAAUCCCAAAGGUGGCAGCUUGUGAAGAUUGGGGACACACAUUGCCCUAAUCAAAAACUGAUUUUUAUCACUAGGGAGGAGGAGGCAAAGAGUGAGGUUGAUUAGCACCAGAUGAACUACUUCUGUGUAUGUGCCACCAGCUGACUCUCAAGGAAAUCACACGCACAUGUGCACACAAACAUAAUAAUGGUGCUCCCAAACUGACAAUUUUGCCUAUUCUGAAAAAAACAUCACAUAGAAUUUGGGUAGCAUUUACCUUUAGAGACACCUGCUAGUAAAUUAUUUUCUGUCAAAAUAAGAAAACAAAUCAAUGAAUGAGAGACAGUUUGGAAAAAUCAUGGAUAACAUUCCCAUUUUCAUAGGUCACUAUGUAAAUCACCGUAAUUGAAAAUUGGAGUUAAAUCCUUUGGGUUAUCCACUGCCUUAAAAUUAUACCUAUUUCCUUUAAAAAAAAAAAAAGAUAUCAGUCAGAAUUGGAGAUUUUUAACAGUGAUCAUUAUCAAAGCUGUGUUAUUUUCCACAGAAUAUAGAAUAUAUAUUUUUUUCGUGUGUUUUUGUUAACUACGCUACAGAUAUUGAAUGCACCUUGAGAUCAUUUAGUGUUUUUAACUGGUACAUAAUUUAUCAAGCAGUACAUCAAAAAGUGUAAUAAUAAAAUGUCUAUAUACCUUUAGUUACAUUCAAAUUUGUAACUUUAUAAACAUGUUUUAUGCUGGAGGAAAUUUAUAGGGUGGUAGUGUAAAUGGAAACUUUUUGAAGUAGGCUGGAUAUGGGCCAAUAGCUACUUGGGACUAGACUUUUAAACUUUGCUCUUUCAAGCAGAAGCCUGGUUUCUGGGAGAACACGGCAUGGCCAUUUUUAUCAUGGAUUUACAUAACUUUAUUGAAGAAAAAUGAACAUCAGAUUUCCAGGUAUAGAACUGUGUUCUUUGGGAGGAAAGGAAAACUGGUGUUUGUUUUUUAGAUUGAUGGAAUAAAAAAUUAGGAAGGCAAUGAAAAAUAAAUUGAAGAUUAAAGUCAGAUGAAGAUUAGGAAUAAAUACUUUGCCACUUCUGCAUUAUUUAGAAACACACAUUGUACGUUUGUAAACCGUUUGCUGUCUGAGCAAUAGUGACUCAGUUUAAUAAAAGCUUCCUAUAGUGUAUUGGUAUGAAUUAAAUACAUAAAAUAUCCUAUUAGACUUGAUGCUGUAUAAAAUAUUAUGGGAAAAAAGAAAAUAUGUUAUUUUGCCUCUAAACUUUGAUUUAUUGAAGUUUUAUUUGGCAGGAAAAAAUUGAAUCUUGGUCAAUAUUUAAACCAAAGUGAAAGGGGAAAAACCAAAGUUAUUUGUUUUGCAUGGCUACGCCAUUCUGUUAUCUCUGUAAAUACUGUGAUUUUUUUUCUUUUAUCUUUAGAAUUUUGUUAAAAAAAUUCUAAAAUUUUUAAACACCUGCUUUCCACAAUAAACCAUGAACACUAAAAUGAACUUAUUUCCAUAUAAAUAUUUUUUCUUUUUAUCUUUUGGUGUGAGAGAUCAAAGGUUCAAAGUUUAACUCCUAAGAGACAUUUGCAUAAAGAAGCAAUGUGACGAUAGAAAGAGAGGUUUUCACUGCAAUUAUUUCUUGGCUUCUAUGGUUAACUAAGUCCAAAAACAGCUGUCAGAAGCUAGAGAGCAGAACAUGGGAAACUGAGCUAUGGACUGAAAGCAGAAAGUUUGCCUGGGGGAAAAAGGGACAACAUUGUUACCAGUGAAUCAAUGCCUGGAUAAAAAGGAAAGCUUAUGUGUGCAACAGGGGCCAUAAGCACAGCAAGGCUGGGAAGGAAGAUAAUGCACAAUCCUCAACCUUUGAGGUUUUGUCUUUCCAAACUUAACUCUUUGGCAACAGGAGACAGGUUUUGCCAGUUCAAGGUUCACUCCCUAUCUGUGAUUACAGGACUUGUAUGUGGAAAUGGAUUAACAUACCCGUCUAUGCCUAAAAGAUAAUAAAACUGAAAUAUGUCUUCACAUA